AUGUCGCCAAAUGAAUCCAGCACCAACCCAACCAGCCACACUCACAAUCACAGCGAUGGUCCAUGUUCGCAAGAUGCACAUUUAGUCUCCAUGUAUGCGCUCCUGACGUUUCCCAUCGCUGCCGUCAUGACCAAUGUGGCCUUUUGUAUCGCCGUACUUGGUACCAAGAACUUACGCACGAUACCCAACUUGUUUCUGGUGUCGGAUGCCGUGUCGGAUUUUGUGCUGGGCGGCGUUAUGAUGCCGCUCCGCAUAGUGUUGUACGUACAGGAUGACUGUUGGUCCUUUGGGCAUCUAGCGUGCAAGCUGUACCUAUCCUCCACGGAAUAUUUCAGUGCGGUGAGUCUGGCCCAUGCGGCGGCGGUUGCCAUUGAACGACACGUACGCCUUUUUCGUCCCCAUGUGCACAAAAAAUGGCGCGAACGGAUCUGGUUCCCAAUACUAGGCAUUGUCAUCGUCUGGCUGUAUCCAGCGCUGUUCACGUAUGUGACAACUUUUUUACCGUCUGUUCUGGGCGGGUACCCGUACGACAAGCACGACAGCGGCGACGGUCACACCGACACCGACAUUUGUCGCCAGCUACACAACGAAUACGCCUGCAACUGUCUGUUAUGUUACACGGAUGCCAUCAAUUUAAUCGAUGUCACCGGACAAAGUAUCAUUCCGUUGUUUGUGGUGUUCGGGAUCUAUGGACACAUUAUCUAUGUUGCGCAUCAGCGGAUCCGAUUGGCUGGACGAAUACGUCGCCAUCUGGAAUCUCAGAGCUCAACGGGCAGCGCUCCUUGUUCCGACGUCACGCCGGUCACGGAUAACCUAGCCAAAGCCCCUUAUAUUCACAGACUGCUUCAAAGUGCGGAAUUCCGUUCGAUCCGGCUGUUUUUGGUAAUCUUAUUAGCUCUAUUUAUCUGUGUCAUGCCGAGUAUUGCUAAUCAUUUCGCACUACUGAUCUGGGCCGAAGAAAGUAUGCGCGAGCUGCAGAGCAUUGUUGCAUCAGGCCGGCAUGUCAUCACAUCUAACGCCAACAUUUCCUAUGGGAGUCUGCGUUUUGCGAUCCCGUUUGUGUUGUGGUCGCAUUCGCUGGUCAAUCCGUUAUUGCUUUUCCUUCUCAAUAAAAAUUAUCGCGGGGCGCUCUGCGCCAUCUUUCUGCAAAUUUAUCUCAAAUUCUGA